GCCGCAGCAGCAGCAGCAAUUCAUCGGAAAAGAUGAGGUCGGAUUUUAAAUAGCAGACUGCGGGGUUUUUAGUGUCGGCAUGCAGUAGCUAAACGCGCCAUGAUCGCCUGGGAAGGAGACGACCGUUGUCUGCCAUUUGGAUCAAGAUGAGCGGCAGCAGUAAAAGAGAGAGGGAGCAGAAGAGGAAGCUGCAGCACUUUCUGAGUGACCUGGCUUUGCUUGGAUCAUUACAGGGCUUUAAAUACUUCCAGCCUUGGCUCAGAGGGAAAGAGGAGUUGCUCCUGACAGUCGUCAACGAGGAUCUGGGUUGGCGAUCCCCAGGCUUUGUGGUGUCCAGAGCCUCCUCCUCCUCCUCCUCCACCAGCAGCUGUAACAGCAGUAAUGUCUCCCCCAGCAGCAGCUCCCCCAGCCUGGCCAGUCGGAGCAGCUCUCCCCUGCCCGGGGAACCUGUGGGCCCUCGAGAGCCCCCCACGCAACCACGCACCAAGACGCAGCCGCAGACUGCCAGGGACCCCGGCAGUGAGGAGCAUCUUCUCCCAGCAUCCCCCAGUGAACGAGAGAUAGCAGUGCCUGAGGUGAACUGCACUCUGUUUUUACUGGCCGGCUACGUCAAGUACGGGCGCCCCUACGCCUGGAUACGCUCCAAUCACGAGCGCCUGGUCAACAUCGGAGGCACCGAUUCGAUGGUCAAGGACACGCCCAUGAAACUCAAGUCCAUCUCAGACUGGCAGACGCGAGGUAUUCGUGUGUGGGACAUCGUCAGUGAGCUGGUGAGCCUGUGCACCGUUCCCUCUCCUUCAAACCCCUUCGCCCUGGACAUGCGUUACAUCAAAAGUCUCCCCCUCCCCGACCGAUUCCUCGUCACAGGCGCUCUCCUCAACUUCCUGGAGAUGUAUGUGGUGUACGGGAACCGGGACGAGCUGCACUAUGACAAAGUUGUAGAGGAGGUGAAGCCUCUGAGGCGUUUCCAUGUCCAGUCCCUGCUGGAGUUACAGCGACACAGAGAGGCCUCCAGGCCGAGCAGCAGUCCAACAGCGCGGGACUCUUCUGGAGAGGAGUGACCGCAAUUGAUCCGUAUAAAGAUGAGAUGUCCUCGGUGCACUUUUAAUAACUUCUUGUAGGAAAACAGAGACAGCACAUAGGUUGAAGUGCAUGAAAUCACACCUGAAGGACUGUCUGUAGGUGAAUGCUGUUAUGUUUUAAAGGAUUUUUCGUGCUUUGGUGUGUUUAAUGAUUGCAUUGUUUGACUCGUCGUGAGUGUUUGUACCCCGUGCGAACUAAAUGCCCGAAGAGAGCUCUCGUCACAGUAUUCAU